AGGAGCUAAAAGUGGGCAUUUUAACUCUUGUUCCAAAUAAAGAAACACAGCAGUAAAUGACAGCUGUUCACUGCUCAGCCAGCACAAAGAAACCUGAGCCGGUAACCUCUGAAAGGCCCAAUCACAGAAAUCCCUCAGACCCUUAAGCACUUCAGCAGACCACCAAACAGAGAGACACUGGAACAGUAAGCAACAGAAGAAGCAGACUAAUAUGUGGGAUAAUAUCUUACCAUGGUUACAUUUGGCACCAAAGGAGACACGUCGGUGACUUUGCUUUUGUUGAACUUUGUUUGUAUGACAGCCACGCAGUAUGAAAACUACACUCUAAGAAACUUCCCCAAAGAGGAGCUUUUGCCCCUCACCACUGCGUACGGAUUGGCUUUGGAUCAUUAUGCAGCAGAGAAGUGGACAGAAUCCAUCAGAUAUCUGGAGCUAAGUUUGCGUUUACACCGGCUUCUGGAAGACAGCGUGAGGUAUUGCGUGCUGCACUGUAACAGCAGCAAACAUGAAGAGACCAGCUUUACGCGGAACAAGGAUCUAAACGUUUACUGGCACGUUUUGAUGAAAGCGACGUGUCAGAAAAAGUGCAGGGCAAAAUUCCCCGCGCUACAGCUGCCUCCUCCUGGCAGAGACAUCCUGCAGGAUUUCAGCAGAAGAUCUCCAUACAGAUACAUGCACUUUGCACACGCCAAGCUGGAUGACUUGCAGAGCGCUGUGCCAUGCGCCUACACCUACCUCCAGAGGAACCCGGGGGACCAGGAGAUGCAUCAACUGAUGGAGGAGUACAAGAGCCAGUAUGACCUGAGCGGAUACCUCCUAGACCUCGAAGAACAACCAUAUGAGGCCUCCUUUCUGAAAGGAGUCAAACUUGUGAAUUCAGGCGACUACAGUGACAGUGUCGGACACAUGGAGGACGCUCUCCGGCUCUACCUCAGAGAGUUCGAACUCUGUCAGGCAGACUGUGAAGGCAUCAGUCAACUUUCACCAGACAGUGACCUCUACACAGUCAUAGCAGAAGUCUUUGAUGAGGUGUUACAGUGUCAGCUGAAGUGUGAAGGAAACUUGAAGCCUAAUGUUGGAGGUUUCUUUGUGGAGAAAUUUGUUGCCACUAUUUACCACUACCUCCAAUACGCCUAUUAUAAAAUGAACGAUGGUUGCAGUGCGGUGCCCUGUGCGUACAGCUACUUCUUGUUCGAGCCUGAGGACCAGGUGAUGAAGCAGAACCUGCAGUAUUAUGAAGCCUACAGUGAACAGUGGGGCCUUCAGCCUGAACACUUCUUACCAAGGAUGGAGGCUCUCAAACUCUACAACCACACCGCCACUCUAAAGCAGAUGCUGACAUCUGCACAGAAGUACUCGAAGAUGGACGAUGAGGAUUUUUUUGGACCAGAGGAAGCUGCUCUUCUGACCUCGGAGUCUCCUGACGUUGAGUUUGAAGGGAUGGGAGACUACGAGGAGUCCAUCUACGCUGACUGGAAACAACCAAAGGGCAAAGGAGACGCUGCGGAUUCAAAUGUCUGAGCAGAGCAGAAACUGAGGAUUGCAUUAGAAAUAGAUCAGACAACUCAUUCAUAUUAGUAUUGAUUAGGGCAUUUUGGGGGGGGACAUAUGGAAAUAUGAUGUCAUUAUUAUAGGGAAACCUGCAUAUCAUUUUUUUCCCAGACUUUUUAUAAAUUUAACAUUGAUUUUUUUUGUGGGAUGUUUCCUCAGGGGACCAUGAAUGUUUGGACAAUAGUCACGCUUAGUUUUGAGAUACUAUAGAGCAAAUCAAACCUCUCAAAGGACGCUGCAGUAGUCUGACACUAUGAUGACAUUUGUUUUUUUUUACCUUAAUAUCAAUGCUACAUGUAAUUGGAUUAGUUCACAGUUUCAAUGAAAGAGGAGAAAAGAACAUACUGGCAAGCAGAAAAGAUUAUGAAGCAGUUUCAUUACUUGGCUGACAUAUACAUCAUCACCACCA